AUGGGCAAGAAAGAGGCAAAGCAGAGCUUCGUGCUCAAGACCCCCAAGGGCACCAAAGACUGGGAGGGCCUGGAUAUGGUCAUUCGCGACAAAAUAUUUUCCACGAUAACUCAAGUAUUCAAGCGUCACGGAGCUGUGACAAUUGACACUCCUGUCUUCGAACUCAAGGACAUCCUCGCUGGCAAAUAUGGCGAGGAUAGCAAACUCAUUUACGACCUCGCAGAUCAAGGUGGUGAAAUCUGCUCACUACGCUACGACCUCACCGUUCCGUUCGCACGAUGGCUCGCGCAGAACUCGUCUGUACAAAGCAUUAAGCGCUACCACAUCGCCAAGGUCUACAGAAGAGAUCAACCUGCCAUGAGCAAGGGCCGUAUGCGAGAGUUUUACCAGUGCGAUUUCGAUAUCGCCGGAGUCUACGACCCUAUGAUUCCCGACGCCGAAAUCCUCCGAAUCACAAGCGAGAUCUUCGAGGCUCUGGGAUGGGGAGGGAAUUACACAAUCAAGAUAAACCACCGCAAGAUUUUGGAUGGUAUAUUCCAGGUCUGUGGAGUACCACAAGAUAAGAUCCGAAUGAUCAGUAGUGCUGUAGACAAGCUGGACAAGUCUCCUUGGGAUGUGGUCCGAAAAGAAAUGACAGAGGAAAAGGGCCUAGACGGCGAGAUAGCAGACAAAAUCGGCGAAUACGUUAAGCUGAAGGGGACCCGCGACGUCCUGGACAAGCUCAACAGCAUAGAGGCUCUCCAGGCCAAUGAAUCGGCAAAGCAAGGGUUGGCCGACAUGACCCUGUUAUUCUCCUACCUAGAAACAUUUGGUGUGUUGGAUAACAUAUCACUGGACAUGAGCUUGGCGCGUGGCCUGGAUUACUACACAGGUGUGAUCUACGAAGUCGUCACCGAGGGCUCUGCGCCACCUGCUGCUAGCAACGUAGAAGGCCAGAAGGUACAAGAGACUGGCAGAAAGGAGAAGAAGGAGAAGAAACCAGCGGAAGACGACGACGAUCGAUCGAACGAUCCUACCAUUGGCGUAGGAAGUGUGGCAGCCGGUGGACGCUAUGACGAACUCGUUGGCAUGUUCAGUGGUAAAGGUCAAAUACCCUGUGUCGGUAUCUCGUUUGGCGUAGAUAGAAUCUUCAGCAUCACAAAAGCGCGUAUGGAGAGCGAGAAAGCUCAGCAGCUACGGAGGACGGAGGUCGAUGCGUAUGUCAUGGCUUUUGGCGGAAAGGGGUUCACUGGCCUCCUACCUGAGCGUAUGGAGGUCGCUAAAUCGCUUUGGGACGCCGAUAUCAAGGCCGAGUUUCUGUGGAAGGUCAAGCCUAAGCUACCCGCUCAGUUCAAAGCUGCCGAGCAGAGUGGUAUCCCGUAUGGCAUCAUUCUUGGUGAAGAUGAGCUGAAGGCAGGGAAGGUCAGCAUUAAAGAGAUGGGUCUGCCCGAAGGUCACCCGGAAAAGAAUGGUGUGCUUGUGGACAAGGCCAACCUGAUCCCUGAGAUGAAGCAGCGACUGAAGCAGUAUGAGGAGAAGCUGGCGUCACAACUAUCCGGAGUCAGCAUAUAG